AUGCUGUGGUUGGAGCUCUGUGGUUUGUCAGAGAUCAGCUGUUCCUCUGUGGCCUCAGCUCUGGAGUCCAACCCCUCACAUCUCACACUCCUGGACCUGACCUGGAACAAUCUGUCUGAUUCAGCAGUGUCUGAUCUGUGUGGUUUUCUACAGAGUCCAGACUGUCGACUGGAGACACUCAGGUUGUGGGACUGUGGUUUGUCAGAGAUCAGCUGUUCCUCUGUGGCCUCAGCUCUGGAGUCCAACCCCUCACAUCUCACACUCCUGGACCUGAGUCUGAACAAUCUGUCUGAUUCAGCAGUGUCUGAUCUGUGUGGUUUUCUACAGAGUCCAGACUGUCGACUGGAGACACUCAGGUUGGUACUCUGUGGUUUGUCAGAGAUCAGCUGUUCCUCUGUGGCCUCAGCUCUGGAGUCCAACCCCUCACAUCUCACACUCCUGGAACUGUGGGGGAACGAUCUGUCUGAUUCUGAUGUGAAGAAGCUCCGGGAACUCCAACAGAGUCCUCACUGUCGACUGCAGACUCUGGAGUGA